AUGUUGUCAAUGAAUAAGCAGCUAUUAUGCAAGUGUUUAAAGAGGCAUAGACAGAAACAGAAAGACUCGGAACAAAUUUCACGCACAAACAGUCAUGUGGUUUUGACUACCUUCAAUGUGGCCGCUGGCCACACAUUUCUCCCCGCCAUUUCCUCAGCCCAAAUUCCGGGCCUCCUUCAGAAUUCACACGGACCUUUGGCCAAAAAUCUUUUCCGUUUCUCAGCUCUGGUUGCUUUCGAGCCCUCUGCCACGUUCAUCUUCAACCUCCAUCGCACCCACGCUAACUUGCAAUAG